ACAAUGAGUGGCAGAGGCAAAACCGGCGGCAAGGCCAGAGCGAAGGCCAAGACCCGCUCCUCUCGUGCUGGGCUCCAGUUCCCAGUCGGUCGUGUCCACAGACAUCUGCGCAAAGGCAACUAUGCGCAGCGUGUCGGCGCAGGAGCCCCCGUCUACCUGGCGGCUGUGCUGGAAUACCUGACCGCUGAGAUCCUGGAGCUGGCUGGAAACGCUGCCCGCGACAACAAGAAGACUCGUAUCAUCCCGCGUCACCUGCAGCUGGCUGUCCGCAACGACGAGGAGCUCAACAAGCUGCUGGGCGGAGUGACCAUCGCUCAGGGCGGCGUGCUGCCCAACAUCCAGGCUGUGCUUCUGCCUAAGAAGACCGAGAAGCCCGCAAAGUCCAAGUAAAGCUGGAGGCUACCCUCCACAACAAAGGCUCUUUUAAGAGCCACCCACACUUCUGAAAAGAGCUAUUAUCCUCAAACUGUUUGAAUGAUCUCUUAUAAAACUAUUUUAAAUUUCU